AUGUCGGUCGGCUAUAUCCUAGUCGUCAUCAACACAUCUCUCUUCUUUAAGAGCGUUGAGUGGAUCUUUCCUUCCUGGGGAGGCGAUCGGUCCAAGUACACAAUCGGGGAUAUGGAGAAAUCCGCCUUCUACGGGACCAUCGCGCAGCCCUUCUGGGCUUGGGGCAUGGCAUCAGUCAAGAUAUCCAUUGGCUUGAUGCUGCUACGCUUGGAGUCCGACAAGCCGUGGCGGCGCUUUCUAUGGGCCAUGAUUGCAUUCCAAGUUGUACUUAGUGCGUACAACAUGCUCACGCAACUGCUCGGCUGCAUGCCUCUCCGUGAGAUGUGGGACAUGUCCGAUAAUGUGCCUGGAAAAUGCUGGCCAUAUCGUGUCGAAUCAGCAAGCCAGGUCACGGUCCAAGCCUUCGUCAUCCUGACCGACUGGAUCUACGCACUGCUUCCUAUCAAUUUCCUCCGCAAAGUUCAGCGCCCGCUGCGUGAACGUGUCGUCAUUGGCUUGCUCAUGGGCUUAGGCGUCUUCGCUGGCGUCGCUUCCAUCAUCAAGAUCAAACAGAUUCUGGUGAUGAGAAUUAGCAAAGACGCCUACGCUGACAUUAUCGUCAUCGAGAUGUGGUGUUCGAUUGAGGUGCUCACAGGUUUCAUCGUAUCGUGCGUGCCUUGUUUGCGCGGUCCUUUCCAGCGGUUCCUUGAGUACUACGGCAUCGUCACGCUACGCCAGAAUACCACGUAUGCCUACGGACAUUAUCCUGGAACACAAUAUGCGACCCACGUCACAAGUGGGAAGCCCGUCAGCGGGCUCGAUCAUCCUAUUCGCAUGAAGAGGGUUAGCAGUUCCGGUGGAGAAUCAGUGGAGCACAUCAUUCCGGGCAACGAGACAACCGCCAAGAACGGUGAGAUAUGGUGUACGACUGAGGUCCUCAUGGAAGAAGAGCAGAGGCAGAGGUCGCCACGAGUUGCCCAUGGCAAAGCACCUUCGGUGUCCUGGGGCGGCCUGGGAGCUUCACAACGGUCGAGCCCAGGAUGA